AUGAAAUGUAAUUCGGGAUUUUGGUUUGAGUAUAAAACAAAAUAUAUUAUAGGCUAGUAUAGCUCUAAUUCAAACUCUAGUCCGAUAAUAAGAACAUACUCUUCUCUGCCCCCUCAUUGGAGCAUCGCAUUUAGUUUUGAUUUAAUUUUAUUUAAUAUAAAAAAUUGGUCAAGCUCUGAUAAAUUAGAAAUAUCAGUUGAUAAUAAUGUCUAAACUUCAUAUCAGAAAGAAAGUAUUAGUCCUUCCAAAUCAUUUUGUACCAGUUCAUAUUACGACACGCUAAAAUUAUAUCAUAUAAAUGUAACUCAUUCCACUCCUAAUGUUUAGCUUCAAAUAAAAUCUAAUUUUGCGUCUUCUACCUCUAGUUAUGGGAUUAGAAACAUUAUUUUGCAUGUGGAAACAUGCCAUUAAAGUUGUCUUACAUGCAAUGGUCCAACAUCUAAUAAUUGUUUAUCUUGCCCCAAUAAUUUUUCUUUAGUGGGAAGCAUAUGCAAAUGUGCUGCUGGAUAUUUUGAAUAUCAAAAUACAUGCCUAUAAUAAUGUCCUUCAGAUUAUAGCUAAAACUUAAUUAAUUCAAAAUGCGAAUAUGAUAAAUGUAAUACCUUAAAUUGCUAAGCUUGCAGCUCCUCACCUAAGCGACAAUGUCUAACAUGUAAAUCAGGUUUUUAUCUUCAUAUUGAUUAGUGUGUUUCUUCUUGCCCGCCAUAUGCACCAUUAACUAAUAAUAUUUGUAAAGAUCCUAUCUCAUCACUAAAAAUUGGGAAAUACGCAUUAAGGGGAUUAUUUAGCUAGACUUUUGGAGAAAGUGAAAUCAAAGGAAUGAAUUUACUAACUUAAAAUUUUUAUGGUAAUGGAUUAGAAAAUAAUAAUCCAAGUAAUUAAGUUUUUACUAAUUGUGGAGGAGUUCAAUUAUUUGGGGGUGCGAAUUUAGCUUCAUCAAAAUCAAAAAUAACCUGGAAAAGCUCAAAUUUAGAUCCUCAUUAUUAGUUGACUAUUUCUUUUAAGGCUUACAUCAUUGAUUCUUGGGAUAAAGAAAAUUUCUAUAUUUUAAUAGAUAAUAAUAAGAUUUUUGAAAUUAAUGAAGAUUAUAAUAACUUUAACGAUUAAAUAUGCGGUUUAAGUGAGUACGAAGAUAAAAUAGAAACAAUAUCUAAAACGAUUGCCCACUCUAAUCCAGCUAUAGAAGUAAUAAUCUCCUCAAACUUAGAUGAGAGUCCUUACAACGAAUCUUUUGGUAUAAGGGAACUUUAUAUUUUAUUAGAAGCAUGUAUAGAUAACUGCUAGUAAUGUAACGACAGUACUAAGUGCUAAAAGUGUAUGCCUGGGUAUGGCUUAUACAAUUCUUAAUGUUAUCAACCUUGUCCAGAUUCAUUUUGGAAUAACUAAGGUAUUUGCACAGCUUGUGAUUCUAGCUGCUUAAACUGCAGUGGAUCAAGCUCGUCUUAGUGCACAGCAUGUAAACCAGGGACAUUUUUAUACAAUAAUUCAUGUGUUAAAUCUUGUCCCGACAUUCAAUACUAUCCAGAUACUUAAAAUAAUAUCUGCAAGUAAUGUGAUGCAAGCUGUUACAAAUGUUAGAGUCCUGGUGAUAAAAAAUCUUGCACUUAGUGCUAACCUACAUUCUUACUAAACGGAGAAUGCUUAAGUAACUGCCCUGAUUAAUAUUAUAAAAGCGGAAAUGUUUGCAAGCCAUGCGAUUCAACUUGUCUCACAUGCUCUGGGCCAAAUCCAGAUUAAUGCAUAACUUGUCUUCCUCCAAAAAAAUUGCAAACAAAAAAUAAUACUUGUAGUUUAACUUGCCCUGAUACUGACUAAUAUCAAGAUUCUAACAAAUGUAUUAAUUGUGACUCUACAUGUGCAUCCUGCUCAGCUGCUGGCCCUAAUUCUUGCACUAAAUGCAAAAGUCCACUUUUUUUAGACACUAACAAAUGUGUUCCAUCAUGCCCGAAUGGUUAAUUUGCUGAUUUAAGUGAUCUUACAUGUAAACCUUGUGACUCUAAUUGUCUAACUUGCUCUAAUUCUUCUAUUCAGUGUUUAACAUGUUAAAAACCAUUAAUAUUCCAACCAAAGACUAAAUAGUGUGUAAAUAGCUGUGAUGAUAACUAGUACUUUGACAGUGUAAGUAACUCAUGUUUAUCUUGUGAUUCAAAUUGUAAGGGAUGUAUCAAUUCAUCUACAUAGUGUACUUCUUGCAAUCCUCCUAAUUAUCUUAAACUUUCUACAUGUACAAGUGACUGUGGGAAAAAUUAAUAUGGAGACUCUGCUGAUUAGAAGUGCAAGCCAUGUGAUACUACUUGUUUAACCUGUUCAGGGCCUAAUGAUAACUAAUGCAUAACUUGUGUUCCUCCCUUAAUACUCUAUUAAGCAGAAAAGUAAUGCAAACAAGCAUGCAGGAAUGAUUAGUACUUCAAUAAAGCUUCUAAUUCAUGUAUUUAAUGUAACAAAGAUUGCUAGUAAUGUUCUGGUCCAAACAAUAAUCAGUGCUUAAGUUGUAACCCUCCAAAAAUUUUGCAAGGAACACAAUGUUAAGGGAGCUGCGAUAAUGGCUUCUAUGCUAGUAGUAAUAAUAAAUGUCUACCUUGCGAUCCAAAUUGUUAAACUUGUGUGAAUUCGUCCACUGAAUGUAUUACCUGCCCACCUGGGAAACUUCUAGAUACUGUUUCUAAAAAGUGUGUUUCAUAAUGUCAAGAUGGGUAAUAUUAAGAUCUAUAAAACAAAGCAUGCAAACCUUGUAAUAUUAAAUGUAAAACUUGUCAAGGACCUCUUGAUUCAGAUUGCUUAAGUUGUAAUCCUCCAUUAGUAUUACAAGGUACUAAUUGCUAAUAAAAUUGUGAUAAAGGAUAUUAUUUUAGUUCAUAAAGCUAAAAAUGUGUUAUCUGUGAUCCAAAUUGUGAAACUUGUUAAAAUGUAUCAACUGAAUGUUUAACAUGUUAGAAUGGCUAAUUUUUAGAUUAAGUAAAAAAGAAAUGCAUUUCGUAAUGUUAAAAUGACUAAUAUUUUGAUCAAAUAAAUUAAACUUGUAUAAAUUGUGAUAAAAACUGCUAAACUUGCAAAGGGCCUCUAUCUAAUGAUUGUAAAAGUUGCUUCUCUCCAAAUGUUUUAUAAGGAACUAAUUGCUAAUAGAAAUGUAAUGAUGGAUUUUUUUAUAGCUAAAUUGAUUAAAAAUGUAUACUUUGUGAUUAAAAUUGUUAAACUUGCUCUGUUUCAUCAAAACAAUGCACAACCUGCCCUACAAAUUAACAUUUAGAUACAGUUUCUCAAACAUGUGUAUCUAAAUGUAGUGAUAAUUCUUAUUUUGAUAAUUCAAAUAAUUCAUGCUUCCCUUGUAAUGCUAGUUGCAAAACCUGCUCUGGUUCUUCAUCUAUUGAAUGUUUAUCUUGCGAUCCUCCAAAUGUGUUAUAAAUAAACAAAUGUUAAUCUGAAUGUGAUAAAGGUUAUUUCUAUAGCUCCAUUGAUAAAAAAUGCAUGAAGUGUGAUUAAAAUUGUAAAACAUGUGAAAAUAAAUCAACUGAGUGCUUAACCUGCCCGCCUACAAAAAUUUUAGACUCUGUUACUAAAACUUGUGUAAGCAACUGUGCAUCAAACCAAUAUUAAGACAUACCAAGCAUGUCUUGCUAAGUUUGUGAUAAAACAUGUAAAACUUGUUCUGGACCAACUCCUUAAAACUGCUUAACAUGUGAAUAAUCAUUUUAUCUUGUAAACGGAAAAUGUGUACCAGUUUGCAUAGUUGGCUUUUUUUAGGAUAAAGAUUUUACAUGCAAACCAUGCGAUCCAAAUUGUACUUCUUGCAAUUUAUCAUCUAGUAAUUGUUAAACUUGUAAAAGUCCUUUUAUUCUUAAUAAACAAUAAUGUGUUGCAAAUUGCAAUUCAGACCAAUAUAUAGAUACAACAAAAAAUGAGUGUGCAUAAUGCAAUUCAUAGUGUUAAACUUGCACUGGACCUUCAAAUAAUCAAUGCUUAAGCUGCCCUUAGGGAAAGUUUCUUAAUGGAAGUGCUUGCUUAGAUACCUGCCAAGAAAAAUAAUACUCUGAAAAUAAUGUUUGCAAAAACUGUAAUUAAACUUGCGAAUCAUGUACAGGAGAAAAAAAUAAUUAAUGUACUAAAUGCUCUAAAGGUUCUUACUUAUAUAAGAAUAUGUGUAUAUCUUAAUGUCCUGAAGAUUUAUUUUAGGAUCAAAAUAAAAAUGAAUGUGCUAAAUGCCAUGAAAGUUGUAAGAACAAUGGAUGUUAUGGUCCAAGUAUGGAUGAGUGUAAAAAAGAAAAUUUUGAUUAUAAGAGAUCUUUAAUUGUGAUGAUUGUCACAGGAAAAACAAUUUUUUGGUUGGUUAGCUGUAUUAUUGGGUUCAUUUUAGACAGAAAGGAUAAAAAAUUUUACUCAAAUAAGGUUUAAUCUAUUAAAGAAGAACAGAUAAAUCAAUCUCCUAGAGAUUUAGAAAAUAAGUAGGAACUUAAGCAAGAAGAAGAAUGCUUAGAGAGUCCUUAAAAUGAAUUUACAAAAAGGAGAAAAAGACAGAAAUUUUUAUAAUCUUAAAUAAAUAGUUUAAAUGUAAACUCUGUAAACAUAACAAAAGAAUAAACACAAGCUCAAAAUUCAUAAAUAAAUAGCUAUAAUUUUAGUCCCCAUCGUACUCGCAGAGCUAGGUCUAAAAUUGCUAUACUUUUGUCUUAAAUAAACACUUUCUAAGAUUUAAGCUAAAAUAAUUUAGAUUAAAAUAGCUAAGCUGUCACUGAUUUGAGCCCAACAAUAAAAAAAUAAGGAUCGAAAUUAAACAUGGCAAAUGAAUAAGAUUCUCCAUUUUGCACUCAAGUUUAUCCUGAAGAGAGUAAAUAAAAAGAUUAAUUCUAUCAAUCUAAUGAAAAGCUUAAAUAUACAUUUAUUGGAAGCGAGUUAAUAUCUUUGUUUAAAUUCUAUGAUCCAUAAAUAAGUAGAAUAUUUAGAUCUACACUGAUAUACAUAAAAUAUUUAUCUUUCCUUUUUGCAACAGAGUUUGUAUUCUAUAGGGGAAAUAUUAUAUUAUUAAUACCUUCAAUAUUCUUUGGAAUAGCUGUUAAAUUCCUAUUAUACUAAAUUUUAACUUCUUUAAAUAUUUUCUUGAGAUAUGGUGCAGUAGUCGCUUCAUUACUUUUAAUUGGAGCAUCUGCUUCUGAUAUUUAUCUUUGGUUCUUACCCAUAAUUAAAAACCUCUAUUGGAAUAAAGAUUUUACUUGGUCAAUAUUUUAUGCAGCUGUUUUUAGUGUUGAUCUAAUUGUUAUUUAAUAGAUAAUAUCUUUGUUUAAAUACUUGAGCUCUGUAAGAUCUUUAAAUGUCAAAAGUGAAUUAUGGUAAAAUAUUUUAAAUAAACUUCUUACUAGUAGAGCACUUAUAUUACAUAUUAAGAAAAAUUGA